GAAGAUUGCUAUGAUGAAUGAGUUAUGGUGGCAUUGAUAUUAUAUACUAGAGGUAUACUGGAUGACAGGUAGUAUUCCAACUGACUUACGGUUGCAAUAACUAGAUCAGAUAAGGCAGUAUCUGAUAUAGACAGGGACUUUUAUUAUUGAUGUUCCACUAUGAUACAUUUACUAUGGAUGCUUAUAUCAGGCACUCAAGCACAGGUGGCAAUGAUAACAAUCGAUAAGAAACAUCUCCAACUAUCGGAGUCAUCAACACAUUCAACCCCUCAUCUUCAAACGUCAACCAUAGCAUCUCUCAACCUGACAUUAUAGCAUACUUUAUCCUGAUAAUAAGGAUAUAACAGCCACAUAACAACAGCUGUUUCAAUCUGCCCCAGCCGAUCCUUCCAAAAUGGCUUCCCCGCUUCGAAUCGCCGUCCUGGAAUGCGACACUCCAGUACCCAAUGCCGAUGUGAAAUAUGGAGGUUACCGCGGAGUAUUCGCGACUCUGUUGAAAGAAAGUGCCACAGCUUUAGGACAGCCUGAGAAACUAAACCCGGAGUCUGGUCUCGACAUCACUGGAUGGGAUGUUGUGGAUAAGCAGGAAUACCCCGACUUGGAGGAUGUUGAUGCACUUCUUUUGACUGGAUCUAAACACGACUCCUUCGACGACCAACCCUGGAUCCUCAAAUUAGUCGAAUACACAAAGAAAGCUAUCAAGCACAACCGUGUACGAGUACUAGGAAUCUGCUUCGGACACCAGAUCAUCGGGCGUGCUCUCAAUGCCAACGUCGGCCGCAGUAAUGACGGUUGGGAGAUUGCAGUAUGCGACAUGGACUUAACCGAGCAGGGGAAGAAAAUCUUUGGAAAGGAUAAGCUUCGCAUUCAACAAAUGCAUCAGGAUAUCGUUCACGAAUACCCACCCAAUGUCGUUCCGCUUGGCUUUUCACCAAAAUGUGCCGUGCAGGGAAUGUACUCCCCCGGUCACUUUAUCACUGUUCAGGGUCAUCCCGAGUUCAGAGAGGAUAUUAUAACUGAGAUUAUCACGAUCCGAGCGGAGAGGGGUGUGUGGUCCCCGGAGGAAGCUCAGGAUGCUCUAAUUCGGGGAAAGACAGAGCAUGAUGGCGUUUAUAUCUUUGUGGUUUUCUUGAAAUUCCUGCUUGGUGAGUUGGAAUAGACUGUUUCUAUGGUCAUCGAAGUCUUCUCGCAUAGAUUGUUCAUAGAUUUAGAUAUUCAUAUACACCCAGAAUAUACACUUAAUAAAGAAUAAGUCCCCUG